AUGGCCAAAAUGGCGCGCUGCGUGUCCAGCGAGGAGUUGGCCGCGCCCCGGGGCCUGAGCGUGGGCACCAUGCCUCGGUGUCCCUCGAGCGACGAGCUGUCCUCUCGCAGCUUGCGCUCCCCUAGCUGUGUCUCUUCCCUUCAACGCGAGAGCGGCCCCUUGGAGCUGUCCCGCCGCAGCGCCGCCCUGGGCAUGGCAUCCGCCGUCCUGGGUUCCGCUCUGUUUGGCUCCGAUCAAGCCCUAGCGCUGCCGCAAGACAAGGCGGCCGACGGGCGCGUGAAGGAGGCCGUGUCGGCGGCGUUCACCGACAGCGGCAUCCCGGAAGUGGCGGACUCGGGCUGGACGCACGCGAUCGAGGCUGACCCCAUGUCCGCGGACCAGUGGGCGAAUCGGGGCACCUGCAGGCUGCAGUUCGGCCAGUGGGAGGACGCCAAGAGGGAUUUCGACGUGGCGCUGGCGCUGGCUGACGACGGCCCGCUGGAUGGCACCAUCCUCAACAAGAGGGCCACGGCGAAGGGGGCAAUGGGGGACUGGGACGGCGCGAUCGAGGACCUGACCCGGGCGACCAACGACCCCACCAUCAAGAGCGUUGCCCACAGCAACCUGGCGCUGGCCUUUUUCCAGGUUGGCCGAGAGGCAACUGCACUGAAAGAGGCCCGCUACGUCAAAAAUCUCGAUCCUCUUAACCUGGAAGUGCGCUGUGCCCUUGCUGCCUUCCUGUGGUGCCACGGGUCUGAGAAGGCUGCUGUUGAGCAAUGGGAGGAGCUACAGGGGAAUGGCAACCAGCUUGGUGCCGUCCUGUACAAUGGCGAUUGUGCGGUGGAGAGGGUGCAGGGGCGCUGGCCACCUCGUGCCACUGCUGCCCUGGUGGCCUUCUUAGAAAGGAAGAAGACAGGUAUUGCCAUGGACUUCAAUGGACAGGAGCAGUUGUAUAGUUUCGCCUGA